ACGAACGAAAAACAAAAUUUAUUGGAAAAUUCUCAAAAUAUCUCGAUAGCAGCAGCUGCAAUAACCGACAAUAGCAUUAUUAUGAAUGAAACAGACUUAUCUUCCGGUAUGAAUUCCGAAGCAAACAUAUCGGCCAGUGGUCGUGUACAACGAACACGUAAAAAACCAAAACGUUGGGAUAAUGAUGAACUAGAGGUGGAUUUUAGUGGUGGCCGAUUGAAUAUUACCAAUGUACAGGAUGAUUCAAAAUCAAAACGUGAUGAACAGCAACCACCACCGGUUAAAAAGGCUAAAAAAUCGGAUAAUAAAACAAAAUUGAUUAUUGUGGAAAGUAGUAGUAGUAGAAUUAAAAAAGAAGAAAAUAUUCCGGUCAAAGAUGAUGAAGAAAUGGAUGACGAAAGUAUUUCGGACAAAAUCGAUGCUGAUGAUAAUGAUGGUGAAUCAUCUAAUAAUGAAGAAAAUGAUUCAAAUUUUGAUUCAGAUGAUGAUCCGGAAAAAUUAUGGUGUAUUUGUCGACAACCAUACGAUGAUCGUUUUAUGAUUGGCUGUGACCUUUGUGAAGAAUGGUUUCAUGGAAAAUGUGUAAAUGUAACAAAAGUUCAAGGUCGUAAAAUGGAAAAAUUAGGCGAAGAUUGGUAUUGUCCAUCGUGUCGAGAAGAUUUAAACAAUAAAGGCAUACCAAAAGAAGAAUUAAAAGUACAUAAAAUUGCUGAAAAGAAAGCAUUGGAACGUGUGGAAAAGGAAAAACGAUUGGAGAAAAAACGAAAAAAUUUGUCUAAAAAACCACGUGUACGUAAAGAUUCAUCAUCGAAACAUUCAUCUGCACACGAUGAUGAUGAAGAUGAUGAUGAUGGCGAUGAUGGUGAUGAUAGUUCUGAAAAACAGCAAACGAAAUCGACAAAAUCUCGUCAUAUAUCACGAUCAAAUAGUUCGAGGAUUGAAUCAAUGAAAGAAAAAGAAGAGGAAGAAAAACGACGAUUGAAAAAAUUGAUAAAAGCAUCGAAAAAAGAUUUGAAUGAAAAACGAGAAAAAUUAAAAUCUAAUAAUGAACAAACAACAACAAGUAAUCAUGUACCGGAAUCAACACUGGAAAUGAAAGAUGAUCAUCACGUUAACAAUAAUGAUAAUGGCCAACAUGAUACAUCGAAUAGUUCAACAUCAUUUACAAAUAAUACAAAUUCAUUAAAUUCUGAAACUGAAUUCUCUAAAGUAUUCACCAAACAACAACAACAACAAUCCAAACAAACAAAUGAUAAUAAUAUUAAUAGUUUGAAUAAAAAGAAACAUAAAAUUGAUCCAAUUGAUCAAUCUGUACAAGAUUUAUUUAAAGCGGAACCAUCUACUGUUUUAAUGCGUUCAUUAUCAUCAUCAUCAUCUACCUCGAUCAAUACUACUGCCUCUAAUGCUACGAAUAAUAAUAAUAAUAAUAAUAAUAAUAUAGCUGUAAAUAAUACAAAUAAUCAAUUAUCACCAAUUCUACAACAACAACAACAGCAGCAACAACAACAACAACAACAACAACGUAAAACAACCAUUGAUUCACGUCGAACAUCAACAUCAUCAUCGUCAACAACAUCGUCAUCGUUAUCAUUAUUGAAUGAUAAUAUUAUCUGUCCAAAUAAUAAUCAUUGUGGUGGAACAAAAAUUAAUAUACAGAAAAAUGAACAGCAUAUGAAAUCCAUUUAUUGUAAUCAAGAUUGUAUACAAACACAUGUAACAGAAAUGUUGAAAACAUUACGUUCAUUGAAACGAAUGAAAGAAAAAACAACAACAACAACAAUGCCUAUACAAUCAUCAUCAUUGAAAAUAAUUCUAAUUGAUCGAUCAAAUAAUGAUCGAAAAGACAACAUACAGGACAAAGAUGUAUUGGAUUUUAUUCUCAAGAAUCAAACAUAUGAGAUUUAUAAACCAAGUGCAUUGCGAAAAUCUUCGAAUAGUGGUGUAACAACAACAACAACUAGUGCUGCUAAUAAAACGACAUCAUCAUCAUCAUCACCGCCGACAAAAUCUUUAUCCACAAGCAAAUUUUCAUCAUUAAAUGAAACAACAUCAAGUAAUAAUAAAACUAAACAAUCAUCAUCAUCAUCAUCAUCGACAACUCAUAGAUUGGAACGUACAUCAAGUAUUUCAUCGGAUACAUCGAAUGAUAAUAAAAAUGAAAGUCGUCGUCAAUAUGUACGAAAUACGAUUAAUGAAAUUUUAAAAUCUAGAUAUAAAGAAAUGACUAUCGAUGAAAAGGCAACAAUAUCAUCAUUUAGUGAGAUAACUAAACUUUCUUUGCAUAUUGAAAAUGAAUUAUUUAAAGUGUUUAAAGCUGUCAAUUCAAAAUAUCAGACAAAAUCUCGUUCAUUGAUAUUUAAUUUACGUGACACAAAAAAUACAUUAUAUCGUAAAGUUUUAUUAGGCAAAGUAUCACCUGAACGUUUAGUGAAUAUGACGCCCGAAGAAUUGGCAUCAGCUGAAUUAUCACGUUGGCGUGAACAUGAGAAAAAAACAAUGAUACAAUUAAUAACAAGAGAUGCAUUCGAUCAGGCUAAUCAGGUGAUUGUUAAAAAAACACAUAAAGGUGAAGAAUUUAUUGAGAAUGAUCUUGUAUUGGAUCUACCUACAUCAUCAUCAUCGGAUAUUAUAGCCAAUAAUCAAAAAGCUACAUUAAAUGAUUCGAAUCAAACUGAUAAUGAAUUGAACAUGAGUAAUUUACUGGAAUCACCUGUAAAAGAUUCGACAAUAUUACAAGAUAACAAUGAUUCAUCUGUUUUGGAUUUACUGGAUACAACUUCUCAACAUUCUACACAUGUGUAUUCUAGUAAUUGUAAAAUUUGUAUACAAAACUCUACCACUGAAUCGAAUAAAUUGCCAUCAUCAUUUGAAAAAGAUAAUAUUUCGAAUACAACAACAACAACAACAGCAGCAAUGAUGCCACCUACAUCACCCGUUGCUAAAAUUAAACAAGAAAUUGAUUCAUCACCGCCUGUUGUACAACGUUUACAACCAAAACGUGUUCGUGUUGAAAAUGAAUCAUUCAAUGAAUUUCUAAAAGAAGCGGAAAAAAAAUUAUCCGAUAAGAUUCUUAUGGAAAUUCAACAAUCGUCAACGAUUAACAGUAUUGAUACUCAAUCAUCUGAUAAUAAUGAUAAUAAUAAAGAUAAAUCUAUUACGACAAAUGAUAUGAAUAAGACAAAAUCGUUGACAAAACAAUCAUCUAAAGAAAUUUCUCGUGAUAAAAAUUCUGAAACUAAUGGCAAUAAACAUAGCGCUAAUGAACACAGUAGUAGUAAUAAUAAUAAUAACAACAACAAUAAGACUACUAAACCCGUUUGGAAGGGAACAAUUUUUAUGCAAGAUGUGGCCCGGUUUGUUGCAACUGCACAGGUUAUCACUGGAAAUGCUAACGAAAUCAAAUAUCAUCUUAGACAUGAUUAUGUUGAUCAGAUUACCGUUUGUGGUCGUAUUGCACCGGAACAAGCGUUGGAUUAUAUUGAAAAAUUGAAAAUUUAACAUUCAGAGAUUGUAUUGAUGAAAUUUGUUUGGUCAUCACGUGAAGAACGUACUGGUUAUGAUGCAUUCUUUAAUUAUCUUACUACCCGUAAUCGAUUGGGCGUUGUUUAUAUAAAACAUUCUAACAAUGGCUAUAAAGAUUUUUACAUUUUACCAUUGUCACAGAAUAGUGAUAUACCAGAAAUAUUGCUUCCAUCAAAUAAUUCUGUCAAUUUGAUUGGAGAAAUUGGAAGAAAAAAUCAUCGACCAAAUCUACUGUUGGGAAUAUUGAUUAAAAGUCGUAAAUCAAACAAUAACAACAGUCAAUUACCAUCAAAUAUUUCACAAUCAACACAACAGAAUGAUUCGCCUUCGGUCAAUGAACGAUCAUAUACACCACCAUUAUCAUCGAAUACAACAAGCACCACCACCACUCCUCCUUUUACUGAUCCUGAUGAUGGUUCUUAUACACCACCACCAUUACUACAUUCAACGCCAAAAAUAUCUGAUGGUACGAAAAAAAUUGGCCAACAACAACAUCAUUAUCAUCAACGAUCAGACAAUAAAGUGUCAAUAAUAAAUGCAAAACAUGAUCUCAAAUCAUCAACAAAAUCAUCUAAUCAUGAUGAAGAAAAAUUGAGUGAUAUGAUUGAAAAGGUAUCAUCAAGUUCAAAUCCGAUCGAAAUGACAGCAUCAAUAUUGAAUGCAAUUGUCGAAACGGGAAAUAUAGAAUUACAGGGAAAAUUAUUAUGUAAAUUACAAGCAAAAGUUGAAGAUAAACUUCAACAUACUAUACAAACACAGAAUACCAACAAUGAACAGAAUGUUUCUUCACAUACAAAUGUUGAAAAGCAGCAACAACAACAACAACGACCGGCGACUACGACAUCAAUGCCUUCAAAUAUAAUACCAGCUUCUACUAGUUCAAUUUCCUUAUCUUUUGAUAAUCUUAUUCCUAAUAUUAAAAAUAUUCAAUUACCGGAUAAUUUGAAAGAUAUACUUCGAAAUGUUCAAGAGAAAACCACUCAAGUUGUCGAUGCUCAACGAAUAAUGAUGGAUGGUGGUGGUGGUGGUGGUGGAAACAAUAAUACUCCGUAUUUAAUCGAUUCAUCAAAUGUCGAUGCAAAAAAUAUUCCACAGAAUAAUGUUUCAUUCAAUGAUCCACGUUUACGUCAAUCUGUUUCUUCACAACCGGUUGCUGCUUCAAUGUCUAAAGAUGAACUUUUACAAAAAGCUCAAGAACAAAUGGCAGCAUUAGCACAAAUGGAAUAUCAUCAUCAACAACAGAAUCCAAUUGUGAAUCAAUCACAACAAACAAUGAACAGACAAGAGUCAAUGAUGAUGACUGGUGUGCCAUCAAGAAUUCAAGCUGGAUAUCAUCAACAAACGACAAACGUUGAUCAUUCUCCAGGAAUGUCGAAUCGAAAAAUUAGUUUUCAAUGGAAGAAAAAGAAAUGAAUCGUUUAUGAAUCUUUUUCAUUCGAUCUCUAUCUCACACAUACACACACACACACACU